UAAACAAAUAUAGUAAACAAGAAAAGACAAAAAAUAAAAAGAAACCAAAAUCCUUUCUUUUCCCACCUUCUCUCGCCCAACAUACAUCCGCCGCUACCCGUUCCUCUUCCUCUUCUUAUUCUUCUUCUGUCUCCUAGUUUCAGGGCAGAAGGAGCUGAGAAAUGGCGUUUUGUAGAUGCUGCUCCGCUACAUCACUCAUCUUUUUCUUCCUCGUUUCAGCCAUCCCUCUCGCUUUCCUCGUCUCCCUGGAACUCGCCAAGCCAGCCACCCAUGUCUACCACUACCACAGCUCCGGAUUCUUCCGCGAGUGCGCCAAGUGGGACCAGCCCAACCGCCGAUUCAUCGUCUCCUUCUUCGAAGGCGGCCUCGGCCAGAUUCCCCUCCCCGACAAUCACCAUCCUAACGCCGUACUGCAGGAAUCCAUCCUCGUCAAGGACGUUGAUCUGACCGGCAAUGCAUCUCUCGGCUUCGUCAUCGAUUAUCCAAGGAAUCGCGUCCUCGUCGCCGUCGCCGACGUGCUCGGUAAUCGCUACAGCGCGCUGGCGGCAUACGAUUUCUCUUCAUGGCGCCGUCUCUUCCUCACCCAGCUCAACACCCCUAUUGAUGGGAAAACGUUUGCAGACGACGUUGCGGUGGACGCAGAAGGCAAUGCCUACGUCACGGACACCACCGGCAACAAAAUUUGGAAAGUUGACGUUAACGGAAAACCCCUAUCCAUCAUUAAGAGUCCUCUGUUUCCAUCAAAACAGUGGUACGGAGACAUGCUAUCCUUAAACGGCAUCGUUUACCACCCUGAUGGCUACUUGAUCGUCAUCCAUACCCUUUCCGGAAACUUGUACAAAAUUGAUAUAUCCAAGGGAGACGACGAAGUCAAGUUAAUUGAGGUAUCAGGUGGAUCGCUUAGGUUAGGAGAUGGCAUAGAGCUGUUAUCCCCAAGGCAACUUGUUGUCGCUGGGAGUUAUCCUUCCGGGAGACUAGUGGAGAGCUCCGACGGGUGGGAGACCGCCGCCGUAGUCGGGAAGUUUAGGGGGCCGGUACACCGGAUUUCGACGGCAGCUACCGUUAAAGACGGGAAGGUGUAUUUGAAUCACAUGGUGGGAAUGGGGUAUCCGAGGAAGAAACAUGCACUUGUUGAGGCUGUUUUUUUGGGCUUGAGGGCACAUUCGGCCUGAUGAGGAGUCAAAAAUGAUUUGGGGCUAGGGGGGUGUUUGGAUCUGCAAUAUUUUAUGACUUGGCGACCUUGUGGGUUAAUUGCUUUUGGGUUUAUGGGUUUUUGAAAGGUUUAUGUAAUGUAGAAACGAUGAUGUUGUACUGUUUCUUUGUUUUCAGGAUGAGAAGGCUUCCAGUCUAGAGUGGUCAAGAAAUAAAUUUAAGAGUUCAUUUUUUAAACU